AUGUCGUGCACAGUUUUAGCUCAGCCUUACUAUCAAUCUUCCUCAUCAAACACAACAGUACACAACAAUAAUUACCGACAAGUGGAUGAAGAGUCUGGUUAUUUUCCCUCUGGAAGGAAUCAAGACUUUGAAAGGUUCAAACGCUACUUUGGCUCCUCGAUACUCUUCCUCAUCAUUUCUGUUGUAUUGACGAUGGUGGUGUUUUUCUUGUAUAUGGCUGAUUGUGUUUUUCAAGGUUUGGAUGGAGAGGGUAAUUGUGAAGGAGGAAGUAUGAUUGCACUGAUAAUUUCCUCACUAUUGGUGAUUAGUGGUGCUUUGAUUUCAAUUGGGUUGUGUUUAAGAUAUAGGAGAGAGGCUAUAGAGUUUUGGAAUGAUUUGAAGAGUGCUUCGGUAUUGAGGGGAACACUGAUAUCCAAUGCUUAUCAUCAGCAUAAGAUUGGUGAAAAUGUGAAUAGUAAUAAUUCGUCGAUGGUACAAGAUCAAUCAGAGGCUCAUUUGGAAACUUCACUUACCUUACCAAUUUCUCCAAUUAAAUUGAGACAAUCACAAAUGUAUGAUGAUAGACCAAUAAGGAGCUUUGAGUUUCCUCCUGAAUUGGCACUUCCACCCCGAAAAUCAAAACAAGAUGAUGAUGAUGAUGAUGAUGAAAUAGAUGAGAGUUCAAAUUUACUUUAA